GAGGACAGCGAAGCAGUUUCUUUUUUUCUGAUCUCGCUUUCAAAGCUUAUAUGUUCUUGGCAGUUCAUGUGACUUGGUUUCCGCUGCCUGCUCGCUUCCGCAAAUAACUAAAUUAAUCCUAACAAGAGGCACAGAACGAUUCCAUGCACCGUCAAGCGAGCAGCCCUACCUCGGCGGUCUGUGGGGGAGCAGCGCUGCACGGUGGAGACAUGGUCGCCGGUUCAACCGUCGGAGGCGUGGAGGAUCCUUACCAACCCGCCUGCUGAUGGUCUUAAGAUGCCCAUCCUCGGGUUGCUCCCCUGCCUGCUUGCCUUCGCCUUGGGGCCAGUAUGGAACCUCCUGAUGCCAGCUUCCUGUCACCCACAGCACUCCACAUGCAGACUGGCUUCGAAGACUGCUCUUUGCAAUGGCUGUCAGCUCUCUGCUGUGCCCAAGGACCUUCCAGGGAACAUUGAGGAGCUUCAGCUGAGUAACAAUCACAUCAGAAUAUUGCAGAACAACUGUCUCUCCGGCUACCCUGUCCUCCGCGUUCUGAGGUGCGCUAGCAGUCUGUUGGACACAAUAGAGUCGGACGUUUUCCUCGGCUCUUGUCACAUAGAGAUCCUCAAUUUGGCUGAAAAUAACCUUCAUGCUGGAUACCAGCAGACUGGCCAGGCUCUGCAGACAUUGUCCCGACUGAGGACGUUGGAUCUUUCGGCGAACGGGCUGACUGAGGACAUGGUUUCUGUCCUUCUGGAGAACAUGACGUCCCUGGAAAGCCUCUCUCUCUCCAGGAACAUCCUGCUCAGAUUGGACGAGGCCACCUUUCGAGACCUUUGCCAGCUCAAGGAGCUAAACCUGGAGAGAAACUUGCUGUUUGAGAUAGACGGGGCCUUCGACAACUUGCAGAAGCUCCAGAGGCUCAACCUGGCCUACAAUGGCCUGCCCUGCCUGGUCGGUUUCCAGCUCACUCAGCUGGUGGAGCUGAAUGCCAGUAACAACAUGAUCGAGUGGUUCAUCUCCAACCAGGACGUGGAGGAAACCUUCAACCUGGAGACUCUCGAUCUCUCCAACAACAACCUCCUCUUCUUUCCCUUCCUGCCCACCCGCAGCCGCAUUCAGAAGUUGCUGCUGUCCAAUAACAGGAUGAGCUUUUAUGAGCACCUUGCGGACAAUACCUCUCCAAACUGGACCACGAGUGUUCAGUUUUUUAACCUAAUGGGCAAUGUGACUAACGUGACGGCCAAACUGUGGGAUGAGACCCUUCAUGGGGGCAUCUCCACCCUGAACCUGUUGGACCUGACAGGGAACCAGGUAGGAUACCUCCCCCAGGGUUUCCUAAAUAAAAUGCCAUCUCUGUCAAGGCUGAAACUGAGAACAAACUGUUUGGAAUCCCUGGAGAUAUCCCCAGAGGAGCUCCCUACAUCUCUGUACGAGCUGGACGUGAGCAACAACAGGCUGACCGAGCUCCAAGCUAACCUAAGCUCUCUCCGUGAGUUGAGCAACCUAACAAAUCUCAACCUGAGCCUCAAUAGCUUGCAAAGCCUCCCUCCCAGGCUGUUUUCUAAUCUGCCCAGCCUUAACACAGUGGAUCUCAGCUACAACAGUGUGGGGAUCUGCUCUGCGGGGGACAGUUUUGCCCCCAGCCUUUCUGACUGUGUUGUGUGGAGAAACAUAGCCUCUCUGAGACAGCUCUACCUGGCAGGGUGCAACCUGACACACCUGCCACCCUCUGCCUUCGAGAGGACAUCCAUAACGCACCUGGACCUGUCAAACAACCCAGAAAUCCGCAUAGGACAGGGUGCACUGACAGAUCUCAGCAGAACUUUGCAGCAUCUAGGCCUGGGAAGGACAGGUCUGCAAGACUUUGACUUCACCCCCUUCCGCCAUUUGAAAUCUUUAUACUUUUCUAGCAACAGCAUUACCCGUCUCCCACAGUCCCUGCUGAGCCUUGAUCUCACGUUGCUGGACUUGAGGGACAACAGGCUGACCACCAUCCCAUCUCAACAGUCUAGCACGCUAGCUCAAACGGUCCAGACUCUUUUCCUAGGAGGAAAUCCUUUCAACUGCUGCCAGUUGGAGUGGUAUCGGACGUUAGAGGAGGCAAAGACGGUAAAUAUCGAAGAUCAGGCAGACGUGACGUGUCUGCAUUUCACACACGGGAGACACAGGGUGGAGCUUCUGCGUGGGCCGGUUUGUGGAGAUGAUAGCGCCGAGCUCAGCUGGUUAUAUAUAGUGCUCCUCCUGUCUGCGUGUCUCUCUCUGGUGGGCAUCGCCGCCAUAUUCAUGCUCACGUUCAGGCCCAGACUGCUGCCCAAGGCCAUCAAAAAGAAAUGCUGGAGGCCCACAUCGUAUUAACGCUGUCACCUGUCCUCA